GGGGAGGGGUAAAGGUCAAAAACCCAGUGUGUUUUGAGUCAAAUAGAAAUCGAUCCCCAUCUUAUCAUCAUCUUCAUCCACAUCACCGGCAAUGCUGACGCCGGCACUUACCGCUCCCUCUUCUUCUUCUUGCCCCGCCGUGCUUCCUUUCUCCCAUUCGCUCCGCACUUUGAGUUUCCCCCUUGUUGUCGCAAGACUACCCACUUCCAGGAGGCCACAAUUUCGAAUCCAAGCUUCGUCUUCGUCUUCUUCCCAAUCCCGAAUGAUCGAGCAGGAGAUCCCCGCUGCCGAAAGGCCUCCCACUUUCCUUCGAGAAGUUGACGAGGAUUCUUCCAAUUCUUCCGAUUCCGUUCGCGCAAGGUUCGAGAAGAUGAUCAGGGAGGCACAGGACAGCGUGUGCUCUGCCAUUGAGGCCGCUGACGGAGGCGCCAAGUUCAAGGAAGAUGUUUGGUCCAGGCCCGGAGGCGGCGGCGGAAUCAGUAGAGUUUUGCAGGAUGGUGCUGUUUGGGAAAAGGCCGGAGUCAAUGUCUCUGUUGUUUAUGGAGUUAUGCCUCCCGAAGCUUAUAGAGCGGCGAAUCCCUCUCAAAAUGGAAACAUUAAGCCCGGCCCUGUCCCCUUUUUCGCUGCUGGAAUCAGCUCCGUUCUUCAUCCAAAGAAUCCUUUUGCUCCAACUUUGCACUUUAACUACCGCUAUUUUGAGACUGAUGCUCCUAAAGAUGCUCCUGGUGCACCAAGGCAAUGGUGGUUUGGUGGAGGGACCGAUUUGACUCCUGCAUACAUUUUUGAGGAGGAUGUUAAGCAUUUUCAUCAGGUCCAGAAGGACACAUGUGACAAAUUCAAUAGCGAUUUCUAUCCUCGAUUCAAGAAAUGGUGUGAUGAUUAUUUCUACAUUAAGCAUCGUGGUGAGAGACGUGGUCUUGGGGGUAUAUUUUUUGAUGAUCUGAAUGCAUAUGAUCAAGAUAUGCUUCUCUCCUUUGCUACGGAGUGUGCAAAUUCUGUGAUUCCAGCAUAUAUACCUAUCAUAGAAAAGAGGAAGGACAUGCCAUUUACGGACAAACACAAGGCAUGGCAGCAGCUACGUCGAGGGCGCUACGUAGAGUUUAACUUGGUCUAUGAUCGAGGAACUACAUUCGGCCUCAAGACUGGUGGGAGGAUUGAAAGUAUACUCGUCUCACUUCCGUUGACUGCACGAUGGGAGUAUGACCAUCAACCAGAAGAAGGUAGCGAGGAAUGGAAGCUUUUGGAUGCGUGUAUCAACCCUAAGGAGUGGCUCUGAGUUUUGAUGUAGAGUUUUAAUUGUAUUUAUUUCUGGGUAUUCGAAGGAAUCUUUUUUCGACACAAAGGAUAUGUGAUGGUAAUAAAUGAGGCAAAUUUGUGUUGGUACCACGAAAA